GAGGCAGGUGCAGCGCGCGCGGGCCGGUUAAAGCGUUGCGGCGGCGGUGCGCGUCCGCCCGCGGGGCUGCGCGGCUCCCGGCCGUGCGCUGUUGGUGCGGGGGACCAUGGGCGAGCAGAAGGCGGUGAUAAAGGACACGGACAUGCCGGAGGAGAUGCAGCAGCAGGCCGUGCAGUGCGCCGUGCGGUCUCUGGAGGAGCACAGCCCUGAGUGCAGCGUUGCAGCUCAUAUAAAGAGGGAGUUUGACAGGCGGUACAACCCCACGUGGCACUGCGUCGUGGGGAGGCACUUUUCCAGCUGCGUGACGCACGAGACCAACCACUUCAUCUUCGCCUACCUGGGCCACGUCGCUCUUCUUCUCUUCAAGUCUGCUUAGAGCCGCGGGCCGCUCCCCGAACCCCGCCCCGCCGCUCCGUAACACACAGUGCGCUGCUGUUUGACAAGCGGGGAUUGCCGGGCACGGCGUUUGGAGUGAGCGGUGUCCUUAUUGUUCCUGGGGGGGUGGAAAAAGGAACCCCUCCUUGUGUUUAUUUGCUUUCCCCAGCCGGCUUCUUUCCCAAUAAAAACGCCCUGCCUUUCA